AUGGAACGCCUAUCAAUCACGUUACGUUUUCUUGCAACGGGCAAUACUUUCGAAGAUCUGAAGUUCAUAAGCGCUAUCUCACCCCAGUCAAUUGGUCGUAUAGUGAUAGAAACCUGCGAGGCAAUCAUAAGCUGUCUGAAGUCAUAUGUACAGCUACCAAGAACGCAAGAAGAAUGGUCACUUGUGAGCCAAGAUUUCAAAGCACAGUGGAACUUCCCACACUGCCUAGGUGCUAUCGAUGGUAAACAUGUUGCAAUAAAGAAGCCACCAGGGUCUGGAUAUUUCUAUUACAACUAUAAAAAGUUCUUUAGUAUCGUUCUGAUGGCAGUUGUGAACGCUAAGUAUUAA